AUGGCAGACACGCAGUCCCGCAAACGCCCCAGGUCAGCCGAUGGCGCCAACUCCGACAGCGAGUCCUCCGACGAUGACUUUGGGCCAGCCUUGCCAUCUUCAGUCCCCCCGAAAAAGAAGCGGAAGCUCCCGUACGAAUCUCUGUACGUGGACGCCUUACCGAAAGGGCUGAGGUACUCCAAGUCGUUGAUGCACAAGGACCAGCUGCUUGCCGUGACGAUAGCCCCGUCGCCCGCGGAUUUCAUCAUCACCACCUCCAUCGAUGGCGUGGUCAAGUUCUGGAAGAAAAUUGCAGUCGGGAUCGAAUUCGCCAAAGAGUAUCGGGCACAUGAAGGACGCAUAGUGAGCUCCUCGGUCAGCGUUGAUGGGGCCUUCUUCGCCACAGCCGGCGAUGAAGAGGACAGCACCAUCAAGAUUUUCGAUGUCAUUACCUUCGAUCUUCUGUCUAUUUUGAAUCUCGAGAGCCCAGCUUCUUGUAUAUGUUGGGUACAUCGGAGGGGAGCUUCGCCAGUGUUAGCUGUCGCCAGAGGCAAAGAGAUACAGAUCUACGAUGACCCCGGAAACUCACAGACGCCCGUGCAGACUUUGUCUUCCCUCCACAGAGCCCCGGUGGUUGCCAUGGCGUACAAUCCGGCCUUUGACUGCGUCGUGUCGGCUGACUCAACCGGCAUGAUCGAAUAUUGGCAACCAGGCGACAACUACGAAAAGCCCAACAGCGUGUUCAAGAUGAAGUCAAUGACCAAUCUUUUCGACUUCAAAAAGGCAAAAUCUGCGCCUUGCUGUAUCACGAUAUCGCCCUCGGGCCACCAGUUUGCAACAAUAUCAUUUCCAGAUCGGAAGAUUCGAGUCUUUGACUUUGCCUCCGGCAAGCUAUAUCGGUCAUACGACGAAUCGCUGGAGACCAUAACCUCGAUGCAACAAGCAGGGACUGCACUCCAGAAGCUCGAUGAGGUUGAAUUCGGACGAAGGAUGGCAGUUGAGCGCGACCUCGACAAUCCGACCGUCAGGUCGAGAAUCAACAUCGCUUUUGACGAAUCAGGCCAUUUCAUCGCGUACGGGUCGCUCCUGGGUAUCAAGGUGGUCAACACCCUCACUAAUCGAGUGAUGAAAGCGUAUGGCAAGGACGAACCAUUUCGAGCUCUGAACGUGGCUUUGUAUCAGGGCGCUCCCCAGAAGAAGGAGGUGGUGACGGUGUCGAUGGCCGCCAGUGCCAAUCCCCUGCUCAACGAAGCCGAGGCCCGGGACCCUAUGCUGUUUGCGACGGCUUAUGGUAAAGUCCGGUUUUACAUGUUCACAAACGACGAAGAGAUUACCAAGGCGACUCGCGAUGUGCAGAACGAGAAACCGCGAGUCAUCUCCGGAAAGAAGAAGGAAGAGAAGAAAGCACAAUCAGGCACAUCUGCAGUCCUGCAUACCACCUACGGCGACAUCCAUAUCAGAUUGUUUCCCGAGAAGGCUCCAAAGACCGUGGAGAACUUUGUCACCCAUGCCAGGAAUGGCUAUUACAACAACACAAUCUUCCACCGAGUGAUCAGAAAAUUCAUGAUCCAAGGCGGAGAUCCACUGGGCGAUGGCACCGGCGGUGAAAGCAUCUGGGGAAAAGAAUUCGAGGACGAAUUUUCCGACCUCAAGCACGACAAGCCAUAUACCGUGAGUAUGGCUAAUGCUGGACCAAACACAAAUGGGUCACAGUUCUUCAUCACCACGGAGAAAACACCUUGGCUGGACAAUAAGCACACGAUUUUUGGACGGGCGUACAAAGGGUUGGACGUGAUUCAUCAGAUUGAAAACACCAGAGUCCGAAAGGAGAAGCCAGAGGACGACAUUAAGAUAGUGAAUAUCUCCAUCAGUUGA